ACCGUUGACGCGUCUCGCCGUCUGUGAAUGUCGAUUGCCGAUGGGUUUGGUACGAGUUGACUGAAAUGACAGUAUAAUUUAUAACAUACAGAACGGAUUAUACUAAUAUUUACAACUAUUACAAUCUUAUUUAACAGCUAACAACUACAAGUAAAUUUGUUCUGAUAAAACUUCCGACUUUCCGUGUUUACAUUAUGGUUAGAACGGUUUAUUCGCCUGAGUAUUGCCUUCAAUAUUUGGAGCAGUAUGCAUCUAAAGAGAUUUUUGUCAUUGGAUUAAUACUUGGUCAGACUACAAAUGUAAGAGAAAAUGUCAUACAUUUGGCUCGUACUCCAGAGGAGAAAACUUCAGAAAAUGGCUCAGAAUCGAACUACAGCAUGGAUAAAGUGGAAACAGUGAAGACUCUGUUAGACGUGUCGGAAGCAUGGGUUGCUGAUCAUGCCAAGCAUGUCACAAGGAUGCUGCCUGGUGGCAUGUUUGUUCAAGGUGUUUUUGUUACAAGUGAUGAAGAUAUAUUUGAGGAUCCCAAUUGUUUUAGUAAAGUAAGAUCAAUACUUAACUAUACAUACAAAGCUUUGGGUUCCAAUUCUUAUAUGUUUGGAAACUCUCCUUAUUCAAAUGACAGACUUAUUCUUCACAUGUCCACAAGUACAAAAGUGUUGACAUGUAAAAGCAUUGAAAUAAAUGCACCCAACAAGAACACAGUAAUCAAGCCUGUUGACUGGAAGUUUCUGUCAAAACCACAGCAGUGGCAGAGAUUAGAUUGUUAUUAUGAAUUUGAUGAAGUUUACCCUGUUAUUGUGAAGAAGAGUGGCAUAUCUGUCAAACAGCAGUUUCAACAAAUACUGGAGUCGGCUCACAAAACUAUUGAGUCUAGUGUUAUGUUCAUUGAUGGAGAGCUUAAAGAUGGUUCAGAAUCAUUGGAUCAAUUCACAAAGAAGAAAAAGACCAAAAAUAAUUCAAAACAAACUCAAAAUGAAACACCCAAAUCCAUGCAUGUGUCCCUCUUUGUCCCAUUUGAAAAUGCUCUCCCGGAGACAGUUGAAUAUCUUGAAUGUGAUGGCAGCAUACAUUUUAGCGGUGUUGUAUCAUCAAGUGUGUUUAUGUACCCAAAAGCAACAGUGAGCGAAACUAUUGCAGCUGUUAAACAAGACAUAAUAAGGUCAUUAGCAUCACGGUUUACAAUGCAUUGUGAUGCACUUAUUGAUGAUAACUUGUUACCCGAAGAGAAAGUAUGCUUCAAUGAGCCUCCUCGACGCGUGUUAGUGCCUGUUGGUUCUCUUCACCUCUGUGACUACCUGUUCCCUGGGGAAGCCCCGGCCGAAGCUCUACUCUCUGUACGGGAGCUACUUGACUUACAGAUCACAGAGGCAGAUGUUAUAUGUGAUGUGGAAACUCCAGCAGACACGUCAGAGUUCGAUGCAUUGGACAGAGAUGCAAGCAGUGAAGAACUCCUCGCGACGCCACAAGAAGCCAGUCAGUUUAUGUACAUCACGGGCAUUUGCUUCGCCAUGCUCGUACUCAUUGUUUCGAUCAUCAUUCAUUAUUACGAUAGCAUCGUACAAGUAUUCAGCAAAGUUGUUUCCAAGUCUUAAAAUAUAUAUUAUUUAUAAUAAUAAUUAAAUGCUCCUUGAAUGCAACUUUAUAUCAUAGUUCAACAAUUGAAACAUUUGUGUAAUGUAUAUGACCUUCUACACAAGAUUUGUGCAUAAAUAUGUAUUGUUAAACUAUGCUUAUAAUGUUGUUAGAGUAUUAAAAGACUUUAUUGUUUCAACAUUUUGUAUAAUAUAGUGUUCUAACUUUGCUUUGUGCCGUAUUUAAUGCGUCGAAUUGUGGUUAUUGGAAUUGGCGAAUUCAUGAUUAUGUUACGUACAAAUGAAUGACAUUUCCGUGGUUUUUUAUUAAAGGCAUAUAAUAUUUCAUAAACUUUUAUCUGCGA